AUAAAUUUAUACUUAUCACAGGCUGCUGCACUUUCUCAGCCUUUACUGCCUAGAGAACUGGAAGAAUCGAUCCUUUUAAAAUGAGCGCUCUGGAUUAAGGUGCGUAUCUCGAAUGACUCCGAGCUGCAUUUAGAAAGGGGCUGGAUGAAGGAGACUCGCUUCCGAAACUGGUGCAGACUGGUUAGUGCUGCCGUGAACACGACAGGGGAACGGACGUGGUGCAUCCAUCCUCCAUGGGUCUGUUGUCAUUUACUCCGAAAAAAAAAAAAAAAACAGCCUUCGUCUUCCAGUCAUUUCCUAGCGAUGAAGACUCCAAAGAGUUGUUGUAACGCAGGGCUAAUGAUUGCGCUGAUAUGAAAUCCGGCUUAUUCUUAAAGUCAGUACGCGCCUGGGUGUCUGAGAAGGUAUUUGAGGAAUGUUUACCCUCACAGAAGUUGCCUCUCUGAACGACAUCCAGCCAACCUAUCGAAUACUGAAACCAUGGUGGGAUGUGUUCAUGGAUUAUUUAGGCAUUGUCAUGCUCAUGGUGGCAAUAUUUGCAGGGACGAUGCAAUUAACCAAAGACCAGGUGGUUUGCUUGCCUGUUCUGGAUUCGUGGGAGGAGCCCAUCACAAUACAGAAUCCACCGGAAACAUCACCUCCACCUUUGAUGAACAAAGACCAGCCUGACAGAAUUGUACAAUAUUCUGAACCAGCACGCCCUAGACAGCCUCAGCCAACAGGUGUGAAAACAAACCUGGACUUUCAGCAGUAUGUCUUUGUCAACCAGAUGUGCUACCAUGUUGCCCUCCCCUGGUAUUCAAAGUACUUCCCUUACCUUGCCCUCAUUCACACAAUUGUGCUCAUGGUCAGUAGCAACUUCUGGUUCAAGUAUCCAAAAACAAGUUCAAAAAUUGAGCAUUUCGUGUCUAUUUUGGGGAAGUGUUUUGAGUCCCCUUGGACCACUAAAGCACUGUCCGAGACCGCAUGCGAAGACUCCGAAGAGAACAAGCAAAGAAUGACAGGAGCUCCCUCGUUACCAAAGCAUGUUUCCACCAGCAGCGAAGAGGGGAGUCCAAACCAGUCCACGCCGAUGCUUGCGAAAUCCAGUGUUAGGUUCUCCACAGAGAAGCCUGUUAUCGAAGUGCCAAGCAUGACAAUACUGGAUAAGAAAGACGGUGAGCAGGCCAAGGCCCUUUUUGAGAAAGUUAGGAAAUUUCGCGCACAUGUCGAAGACAGUGAUCUAAUCUACAAGCUCUAUGUUGCUCAAACUAUAAUAAAGACGUUUAAGUUCAUUUUGAUCCUGUGUUACACCUCAACAUUUGUGGCCUCCAUUAAUUUUGACCAUGAUUGUGUGCAACAGCCAGAUAUUAAGCAUUUGACUGGCUAUACGAAAUUCAAAUGCACUCACAACAUGGCAUUUAUGUUAAAAAAGCUUCUCAUUAGCUACAUUGCCCUCAUUUGUGUCUAUGGCUUGGUUUGCAUUCACACGCUUUUCUGGCUAUUUAGACGACCUUUGAAGGAGUACUCGUUUGAGAAGGUGAGAGAGGAGAGCAGCUUCAGCGACAUUCCAGAUGUAAAGAAUGAUUUUGCUUUCCUCUUGCAUAUGGUAGAUCAGUACGACCAGUUGUACUCUAAACGCUUUGGUGUCUUUCUCUCUGAGGUCAGUGAGAACAGGCUGCGUGAGAUAAGCCUGAACCAUGAGUGGACGUUUGAGAAGCUACGGCAGCACGUGACUCGGAAUUCCCAGGACAAGAUGGAGCUUCACCUGUUCAUGUUGUCAGGUGUUCCUGAUGCAGUGUUUGAGCUCACUGACUUGGAGAUAUUGAAGCUCGAGCUGAUCCCUGAAGCAAGAAUAACUGCAAAGGUCUCACAAAUGAUCAAUCUCCAAGAGUUGCACUUGUACCACUGCCCAGCCAAGGUCGAGCAGACAGCGUUCAGUUUCCUCCGAGAUCACUUACGGUGCCUUCAUGUCAAGUUUACAGAUGUCGCAGAGAUUCCCACUUGGGUUUACUUACUGAAGAAUUUGAGAGAGCUUUACUUGGUGGGAAAUCUGAACUCAGAAAAUAACAAAAUGAUCGGUUUGGAGUCCCUCAGGGACCUGAGGCAUCUGAAAGUUUUACAUUUGAAAAGCAACCUUACCAAGAUCCCGACAAAUAUAACAGACUUGGCUCCACACCUGCUUAAGCUUGUGGUACACAAUGAUGGUACUAAGCUCCUGGUACUGAAUAGUUUGAAAAAGAUGAUGAACCUUGCUGAUCUGGAGUUGCAUAAUUGUGAGCUGGAGAGGAUACCACAUGCCAUUUUUAGCUUGAGCAAUCUGCAGGAAUUGGACCUGAAAUCAAAUAAUAUUCGCACUAUUGAGGAGGUCAUCAGCUUUCAACACCUCAAAAGGCUUACCUGCCUCAAACUAUGGCACAAUAAAAUAAUCACCAUUCCACUAUCCAUAAGUCAUGUAAAGAACCUUGAGUCGCUCUAUCUGUCGCACAACAAGCUAGAAUCUUUGCCGGUCCCUUUGUUCAGUCUGCUUAAGCUUAGAUAUUUGGACCUAAGUCACAACUCCAUUGUGUUGAUUCCACUAGAGAUAGGAUUCCUGCAGAACCUCCAGCACUUUGCCAUCACAGGAAACAAGGUGGAGGUGGUUCCCAAACAGCUCUUCAAAUGCACAAAGUUGCGUACCCUCUGCCUGGGGCACAACUGUAUUUCUGUUCUGCCAGAGAAAAUAGGCCAUCUGGUGCAGCUGACACACCUGGAGCUGAAGGGCAACUGUCUGGAUCGGCUUCCACCCCAGCUUGGUCAGUGUCGGCUCCUGCGUCGGAACUGUCUCCUCGUGGAGGACCACCUCUUUGAUUCCCUGCCCAUAGAGGUCAAAGAGAUCAUAAAUCAGGAAACCAGUGUUACUUUUGCUAAUGGAAUAUGAGAGAUUUCCUUAGACCGCCAACUCCCUCUGUGCUAGUACUCCUUUUGGCCAAUGUCCUUGUUAUACAUGUGAACUGGGAUCCUGCAAAGGACCGACUACUUUCCACACUGUAGGUCUGGUUGUUAGCAGGAGCUUUUCAGCUGGGGAGAAUGUAUUGGUUUAGGACUUGUUGAACCUGAGUGGAAGUAUGCUUUAAUCCUGUCGAAUUACACAAGCAUAUUUACUUGAUUCUGCUGCCUCUGGGAGAGCACGUUUUUUUCAAAAAAAGGCAAGAAGGCCAGUAAGAAUGCUUUAUUAUGCCCAUUGAUCUGACUUGAAAUGAUUCUUUAAAGAAAAUAUGAUAAAGAUGCGAGGGAUGUCAGGGGAAUUGAUCUUAAGUUUGGAAGCACUGUUGCCAAUAUUGUCGUUCACAAUCGAUUUUGUUCUUAUUUAACCUUUUUUUUUUUAAACCCAUAUUGCAGUAGAGAGGUACUUUCUGAUACGGUGCAAACACUUAUGUUUUCUCAUAUCUCAGUAGCACUUCACAGUUCAGUUUUGCUAAUCUUUCCAUUUGUAGUUUUUUGUUUUUGUGUUUUGUAUUUUAACUUCUUAUAGCUGGUGUGUACCCAGUAUCAUCUGCAUUGAGGUGCAGUAACUGAUUCUAUUUAUUCAUUGUUUGGAAGAACCCAGGGAAAUGGUUUUCAUAUUUGGAUUGUUACUUGAUUUGUGUUACAUUUUAAGGAACCAUUUCAAUUUAAUAAGCACCCAAUGCAUAGUCCUUGCUGCUCAUUAUGCUCCAGUAUGUACUGAUAUUUAUUCUUCUAUUGCCAUGAUAUGUUAGCCAGUUGGUAAAUAUGAAAUAUUGAACAUCUGCUAAAAACGUUUGAUUUUUGUAAUCGAUAAACAUUGUGUUGGUUCCUCUCAGAGGAAGGCAAAAGCUUGUAUUUUAUAAACUUGUUGAUUUUCAUAUGUACAGUUUUGAUUUACCAGGCAUCUGAGGAAUACCCAGGCAAUUGGCUUUUGAGAAAGUUGCACUAAACAAAAUUCAGGUUUUAAGUUAGAAGAAUUAUGCGUAAUGGCCUAUUACUCCCCACUUUGUAUCGGCUAAGUUCAGCAUGCUAGGUGCACCUCUGCCACUGCUGCCACUGGAUCUGCGUUUCUCAUUCUCUAAUUGUCUGUAACUGUGCCUUUUUCUUUUUCUGCAUUUUGUAAGUUCUGCUAUUCACUUUGUCAAACAGUUCCUGAACAGUAAAUCCUCAUUUAAGAUAGAAACACAUUUCACUUACUUUAAAAGUGAUAAAAUCCCAUAAUACUCCAGAUGUAAUCUUGGUGGAAGAAAGCAAGGUAACCUCAAACUUUAGACAGGCAGUGUUUUGGCAAAUUGGAUCUUCUGGAAGCCACACAAAAGAUAACAGUAGUACAUAACCCAAGCCUUUCUGUUUUUAAAGCCCUAGUUCUUUCACAUAUAAAAUAAAAAUUCCUGUAAUCCGAAAGGUAAGGGUGAGACCAGGACUUUGAAAUGAUGGAUGGCUGCUUUUUUUUUUUUUUUUUUUGUUAUUUAUUCAUUUCAUGUGCAGAAGAGGAUAACAAAGUAAGACAUAAAAAAUGAUAUUGUGAUUUAACUUAAUGUAAUUCUCAGUAGGAAUGUAAUGUAACCAUUGUUAUAUCAAAAAUAAUCACACGUUGAUUGUAACAACCAACUAGCAAUAUACUGGACAUCAUGAACAUCA